CGCAACUGCAUCCUUUCAGCCUAGUCCAGCGAUUUCCGCGUUCCAUGAUCAUGAUGAUCCACUGCCUUGCAUUGCACUGUCAGAUCAAUGGUUUUCUUGUUAUUAGUUUUCAUGUGGAAUCACUCAGUCGCGAGCAGAUAUCGAUCCAAGCGGACGCCCAAGUGGCGCAGCGGGUAGAUUAGCGUAGAUUUUCAAGUGCAACUGCCAGCUUGCUAGGGAAGCCAAACACUUUCUGGCUUCCUGGAGUCUGGAAAGCAGGAGUGGUUUUCUCCUGAGCGCUAUGGCCACCGCACAGAACCCUGUUGGAGAUGACAUGGUUGAAGUGUGGAAGAACUGCUUUGCAACACCAAACCUCAUUUUAGAGAAGAAUAAGUGCAUCAGUUAUGAUCCCGACAAGAGCUCUGCCGUUUGUAUUGGUAUUGACAAAGAGAAGAAUAACACAGCUGGUGACACAAGACACAAAGAGUAUGCUGAGGAAUUCGGAUCUUUGCUCUCCACAGCGUUCAAGGUUGAAGCCAAAGUUGACUCUUUCAAUGAAGAUGAUCGUGAAUCGAUCAUACGAACUGUGGAGGAGUCAGCCAAAGAGGCAAGCGAUCUCCUCAUUUUCUACUUAGCUAGCCAUGGCGGUGAAGGUGGCAUAAUUCAAGAACAAGAAAGGGUUUCCUUGGAACAGCUUGCAAAUGCAAUGAAGAGUACCAAGGCAAGGGUCAUAGUGGUCAUUCUGGACCUGUGCAAAGGGGGCAGUGUUCUUCCAACCUUUCGAGACCGCCUAAUGGAAUGUUGCCCUGCCAGUAACAUUUACUUGUUGGUAGCUACUCGUGAGAAUGAGGAGACGUGGUCGUGUGGGAAACUCGGUUGCAGCGUCUUCACAUUCUUCCUCAGCAACUACCUGCAACGGCAUGCGCAGGUUGGGUGUCUGCCCAUUUGGGAUGCAAUGGAUCACGCGCAAACUCUGACUCCAGUUCUUAGCGAAUUCCUCUCCUCCAACGCUGACGGAGAUUCUGAAGUGAUCCCGCAUCCUGUGAUGGAAGCUCACGGCCAGGAUGUACAUGCUGAGUCAGGUGAGGAGACGUGGGUCAAGCACCCGUACAAGGCAGGGGACAAGCUUUGCCUCGGCAAAUUUCCCACUUAUCCAACGGACGAUUUGACGCUGCCGGAAGAUCAGCGGCAAUGGAUCGACUCACUAAAGCCUCAUCUGCUUACUCUUCACCAACAUGGUUACUUGACACACAACAACACGGUAUUACGGUGUUUACUGUGGCACCUGUUCACGGAGUUGGGCCGAAUGUGGUUCGAAGAUCUGAAGCCCGGUUUCCGUCGUAGCUUGUCGGAGUUUGAAUCACAACAGGUUACCCAACAUGGACUGUAUGAGCAAUGGAAGGAAGAAGCAGCCAUGGACUUGGAGGAAUGGUUUCGUGAUACAAAAAGUUCAUUUGGCAAAGCACAUUUCCUUCUUUACGAGCACCCGGACCGGCUGCUGUGUGAUAUUUGCGACAAAGAUGGACGUGCAGCACGCAUUAGAUAUUGCUGUCUAGACUGUGAUGACUGUGUCAUCUGUGUGAAAUGCUGGAAAGGCAUGACUGAGAAGGUUUGUCCGAAAGGAGAUGGAGAAAUGCAUACCUUCAACGAGAUGGGCUGGACGUGUGAUGGAUGUGAUAUGUACAUCUGUGGUACGCGUCUCACGUGCAAAGCCUGUGAAGACUUGAUCUCUGCCGCUCCUGUCACUGGGUUGGCAGGUAUCCUGAGUCUGCUCCCGGGCGUCUUCAUCAUCACGCUCCAAGCGGUUUUGGACAUCUACGAAAGCAUCCCUGCUGAUGACGGUCGCCAGAUGAACAUCGCUGGAUGUGGCGCCGUUUGUCCGGAUGAGGUUGCUAGGCAACAAGUUCACAAUUGAACUAGCGAACACUUGUCAUCACCGUGAGCGAUUAUGCUGAGAUUGCACGGGCUAUUUUUUGUGCUGCAGGAGUUUUCAUUCCAGUCAAGUUAUUAUUAUCCAUGCUCUUUCUCUUCAUUGCUUUUCUACAUCGCGCCAUCUCAUAGUAUUGGUUUUCCGUACACGCAUCAAACAUUCUAGACACACAUGUAACAUUAGCAUCACUUUUAUUUUACUUUGGAGCACAACGUGCACAUGUAUUACUAAUGUAGCGGGCAAAGCAAAUGCACAUUCUCUUAUCAUUCAAUACAUUGGGGCACAGGUUUUGCGUCAGUGGUCAGUCAUUUUAAAUAUGGAUUUUUCUUUGUAUCGCCCUCUGUUUUCUUAUUAGAGAGCGAAGAUGGCCUCGCCUUAGCUGUCUCCUUUUUUGGAAUUAUGCAUUGAUGUAGUCAACUACACAUGGUCGAUGAUAGCAAAGCUGAUUUCUCUGCGCCGUAUAGCGAAAAUUUCUUAUCUAGCUCUACGCGCAUUUUUCAACUGCAAGUUUCUUACUACGUUGGAGAAAGAGUAAAAUCAAUACAUGUAUUGUUCAUUGGUAUUCCGAUACAUGUAUGUAGAAUCGGGCUAUACGAUUUUUUAGCAUUUUUUCUUUGACCCCACAAUACUGCAUCUUAGCUUUUCGUAUUCUUCCCUUUCUUCCCCUUUGCUUCGCCUUUCGGCCGCAUUUAAUAACCUAUUUUGUAAGUAUUUUUCUCGCUCAGUCUCUCUACCUCAAGUAUUACAGUCCAGUUGUCUGUACGCUGUACGAGAGCUAAGAAUGCUGCAGGAUUCGCUGGAACAUGUAAUUCCUUCGAUACGCCAUAAUACCGUCGAAAUCGA